AUGGACAUCGGGCCUGGGAGCAGUGGGGCUGCGCGCUUUCAGCCGACGCCGCAGGUGCAGAAGAAGGAGUUGGUGCACCGCAACCCCAACCACGUCGCGAAGGACGUGUACGAUGCGCAGUGUGGCGAGAAUCCAUUGCUGGGCCGGCUGUACAGCGACGGCUUCUCCAGCGGGGGCCGGCUUGGCGUGCCGAACCGCCUGGCGCAGGACGUGCCGUGGACGCCUGCGUUGCUGCACGGCCGAACAGAAGUUGAGGCAUCUGUGACGUGUAGGAGCGGUCCGGGGACACUCCGCGAGGAGACCCUGUCGUCACGAUCGCCGUCCCCGCAGAACCGCACCCUCCAGUUGUACCACCAACCCAACUACCAAGAUCAGGAACUUCGGCGCAUUUUUGCCGCCAGUCACGCUGAGAAUAAGGCGGCGACCUUCUCUCUGAAACAGGCGCCGUCCACUUCCAUUCGACCGAAGCCCCCCGCCACCAUCAGCAUGCAAAGGCAGAAUGAGAGGGAGAAGACGGACGGGGGAGAAAGGAGGAUGACACAGGUGCGGGGAGGCGCUAUCCCACGCUUCACAAAGGUGCGGUCGAAUGCACCGAAUGAGUUUACAUACCUUGUCAUGCGACCGAGGGGAAUCCGCGAUCCGUACAAUCCGUACGAACUGCAGGUGGUGUCGCACAAGGACAUUGAUCCCACACACUAUUACACCCUUUCUGCGGCAGGCGUUACGAAAUUUACUGGGCAUGAGGCUGAAUUUAUCGAGUUGCAUACCUGGGAGCGUGAUUGUCGCAUCUUUAACCAGUUGAGCCAGCUGGAGGUCUUUCGGGACUACAAGAAGUGGAAAAGCUUUCUCCUCUGGCGAGGACUUGUCCGUAACCGCGCCAUCUCAAAUUGUAAGACAUUCCUUACACGGAAUCUCUUUCAUGUGCAUCCGCACCUCUCUGUCGCGCUGCGGACGGUGUGGCGAAUGUGCUUGGACUGCCUUAACAACAACAGAAUGCAUCUCGCAGCAACGGAGACACGUACAUUGGAGGCCUUUUGUGCCGCAUCGGCUGCGCAUUUGAAUUUUCAACGUAAUCGCUUGGAAAAGAUGCUUAAAGGGAUUCGAGACACCGUGGAGCGUGCGUGCAAGGCGGCAAUGCUGGCUGCACAGAUGGAGCGCGAGAGUGUGAGUGGCCUUCAUCCCGAGGAUGAGAAGAAAAAGAAGAAACUUAUUGAUGUUCGCGAAUUGGGCACGCAACAGAAGCCUACGUAUAUUGAAAUGUCGCAAAAAAAGGCUGUCUGCCAGCGCCUCACAGCAUUCAUUCGUUUAUGCGACUACAUUAUCAUUCACUGCUUGACAAAUUUGGCUGCAAGGGCGGUGCAGGAUGUGUAUCACGACUUCUGCUACCCCAAAUCCGCAUCUGCGGCGGGAGCUUUGAAACGAUGUACCUCGCAUUCCAUCACAAAGUCACGGCGACAGGACGUUCAUAUUAAGGCAGAGACGCAUAAGGCACAAACACAUUUUGAUGGACCUAUUUUGAGUCUGAGUAUCCUGUACAAUGAUAGCGAUGAGACCAUAGGCAUCACGCCUACCCUUCCGCAUAUUGUGGAGUGUGUAGAGGAUAUUGUGAAGGAUUACAUCAAAACCUUGAGCGCGGUCCCACGACUGGUGUUAAUGGAUACAUUCAAGGUGUUUACGGAGUAUGCUGCAGACGAUACUCAGAAGGAGCUUUCUUCUGGUCCUGCCGUUAGUGAGAUGAUAGUCUCGGAGGAGGCGUACAAGCAACAUAUGGUGUCCAUACGUGAGGACAUUGGAAAGGCCUACGGUGUUGUGGAGGAGUACGUAAACACCUUUCAGUGCUUUAGGGACAUGUACGUGGAGAACUCGCACCUUGACGUCAAUGAAUUGCAGCAAAGUAGUAUGAGUCUGGAAUUCUUUCGGGAGCGCCUCGUCCUCUACAAGGCUCAAAGUGAGGCCAUCACGAGUAAGAUCCCCAAUUCCAAGGAUGUGGCACUGUUUACUGUCUACACCGAGAGUCUGCGAGACUUCUUCAGUCCAAGCCCUCUGGACUGCCUUGAGGCGUUCCAUCAACUUCUUCCCGUCAUUGCACAACAGCAGAACGAGCUGCUUUUGACAGAUUUGCAGAGUUGUAACGUAUACCUUUCUGCCCACCCCAAGACGGUGGAGCACUAUGUAGAGUAUCUUGCCUAUUACAAGGCAUUAGAAGCACGCUUUGACAGCAUUGCCGCCUCGUACGAUUUUAUCCGUGAACUGUUUAACUUGCUUCAGGAGGAAAGGGUUCAGAUUGACGAGGACCUGGAGGAAACCUACCGGAGUGGAACGCGGCCCCAGUUUGAGAAGCUGCGGACCUUGAUGCAGAUUGUUGAGGAUGGCAAGGACGCACAGCAGCGUCUGUUUAUCCGCAACGUGGAUGAGCAGAUGGAGGCGCUUCGCCACCGCAUUGAGGACGUGUAUGACCGCGCCGGGAAGCCCAUUGUCGCGGAUGACAAGGCGGACGUGGAUACGGUGAUUGAGUACAUCACGAAGCUGCAGACGGAGGCGGAGGGCAUUGCCGCGCGGGAGAAGGAACUCCGUCAGUUUCAGAUUGUUAUUGGAAGCGAAGAGACGACGGUGGAGUCCAUGACAGAAAUGCUAAACGAUGUGAACAUCAAGGCACGGCUGUGGGUGGGGCUGCGAGACUGGGACGUGUUUACGGAGGAGCAGGCGGUGAUUCCGUUUGAGCAACUCGACGUGCCGGCGGUGCAGGAUACGGUGCAGAAGUACGUGACAACCGUCAAGCAGGUGUCAUCGAAGUUGCCGGGCAACGCGGCGGUGUCGAUGUUGAAGUCCAAAGUGGAGGAUUGGCGUGUUAUCAUGCCCAUCGUGCAGGCCCUCACUAACCCCAAGAUGAGGCUGGAACACGCGGCCAAGGUGUCUCACCUGGUGGGACUGGUGCAGGAUGAGAAUGGCACUUUCAGAACCCUUGCAGAUUGGAAUAACCAGUUUACGCUCGGCAUGCUUCUUUCGAACAACGUUGUGAGGUUCAAGGACGAUAUUGUGGCCAUCAGUGCGGCGGCGACGGAGGAGGACAAGUUGCAGCAGCAGAUUGACAAGGUUAACGCUCUCUGGAACGGCGGCGGUCCAAAGCCGGCGAUGGAGUUCCAGUUCCACAACCACAAGGAUGUCAAGGACCUGUACACGCUUAUCGGCUCCUCCGUCGAGGAUGUCACGGCGUUGCUUGAAGACUCCGUCAUCGCCAUGUCGACGAUAGGAUCGAGCCGCUGUUGCCAAGGUGUUUUACGUGCGCAGGUGGAUCGCUGGGAGCACCGUCUUAGGUACAUGCAGGAGACACUUGAUCGAUGGGUGGAACUUCAACGCAACUGGAUUUACCUCGAAAGCAUAUUUUCCUCGGCGGAGAUUCGCAGUCAAUGGAAAGACGAUGCAAAACGCUUUGAAAAGGUGGAUCGCUUCUUCCGAGAUUUGAUGCGGAAGGCGCAUGACAUGCCCACUGCCUACCGUGGGCUGCUCAUCAACGCACCGGUGGAGACAGGCGACUCCACCAGCACCAAGACGCUCAAGGUAGACCUUGAAAAUAACAUCAAGGAGCUGGAAAAGGUUUUGGCGAGCUUGGAGCGCAAGCUGGAGAAGAAGCGAUGCGCCUUCCCGCGCUUUUACUUUCUUAGCAACGAUGAUCUGCUGGACAUUCUUGCCAAGGUCAAAACCCCGGAGUUAAUUAUGCCGCACAUGUUGAAGAUGUUUGACGGCAUCAAGACUUUGUCCUUCUCGGAGUCCAACGACAUCACACACCUUGUGUCAAUGGAGGGGGAACGGGUGGAGUUGAUUAACAAGGGCAUCAAGGCACGCGGCCCGGUGGAAAUGUGGAUUGACAUGCUGGAACGUGAGAUGUUCUCAACGCUCCGUAAACAUGCAAAUACGUGCCUGAGUGACUACGAGGCGGUCGGUGAUCGCACCCUCUGGAUGUUUCGACACCCCACUCAACUGGUUCUCAUCAUAGAGCAGCUGCUCUGGACGCGCGGGGUGGAGAAGGCGCUUGGGAGGCCGGACUCGGAUCGUCUCAUGUUGGCCCUUCGGGAGGAAAGCUACAAGGCACUGGAGGAGCUCGCAGGUUUGACGGCAAAACAGUUGUCGAAGGUGCAGCGCAUUCUUCUCUCUACGCUCAUUACCAUUGACGUGCACGGCCGUGACUUGGUGGAUGAAAUGUGCGACAAUGGCGUGUUAGAGACGAAGGAGUUUGGCUGGACAAAACAACUGCGUGUAUAUUGGGAGAAGGACGAGGAUGGGUACGGGAACAUUUUCAUUCGACAGAACAACUCACGUUUUGUGUAUGGCUACGAGUACUUGGGGGCGCAGGGCCGUUUGGUUAUCACCCCGCUUACGGAUCGUAUUUACAUGACGGUGACUGGGGCGCUGAAGCUGAACCUUGGCGCCGCGCCUGCGGGCCCUGCGGGGACUGGAAAGACCGAGACAAUAAAGGAUUUGGCGAAGAAUUUGGCCCGCCAGUGUAUCGUGUACAACUGCUCUGAUGGUGUGACGUACAAAAUGAUGGAAAAGUUUUUCUCCGGCCUUAUCCAGACAGGGGCGUGGACGUGCCUGGACGAGUUUAACCGGAUCAACAUUGAGGUGUUGUCUGUGAUUGCCUCGCAGCUGCUGGAAAUUAAACUUGCCCUGCAAAAUGGGCUUGAAACAUUUACGUUCCAAGGGACCCCUAACGUGCGAGUGCGACGCACCUACGGUGCCUUUGUCACGAUGAAUCCUGGGUAUGCGGGGCGUACCGAACUACCAGAUAACCUGAAGAUUCUUUUCCGACCCGUGGCUGUCAUGACACCUGACUUCCGUAUGAUUGCGGAGGUGAUUCUCUACUCGGAGGGUUUCACGAACGCCAAAGACCUCUCACUUAAGAUCACCCAGUUGUAUAAGCUCAGCUCCGAGCAGUUGUCGCCGCAGGAUCACUAUGACUUUGGGAUGCGCGCUCUCAAGUCUAUUCUUGUCAUGGCAGGUGAUUUAAAAAGAUCACAGCCGGAUGUAGAGGAAGACCUCACUCUUAUUGUUGCAUGUAAUGACUCGAAUGUGCCCAAAUUUGUCGCGGAGGAUCUUCCGCUUUUCCGAGGUAUUAUGCAGGACCUUUUCACCGGUACCACCUUCCCUGAGCGGCAGUACGUGGAAUUGUUACCUGCCAUGCACAAGAGCAUUGAAGCAAAGAAGCUGAUGGCUCUCAACACGUGGGUGACGAAGGGGGUUCAGUUUUAUGAAACACUUAUCGUUCGUCACGGUGUCAUGAUGGUCGGCGUCACGGGAACUGGUAAGACGGAGGUUCGAAACUGCAUCGCAGAUGCCCUUGCGACGAUGUCCGAGGCAGGGUCAAGUGAGCCCAUGGCUCGACCUGUGCACCAAUUUGUGAUGAAUCCCAAGUCCGUGCUACUGUCCGAGCUGUACGGUCAGUUAGAUGUUAACACGAAUGAAUGGCGCGACGGUGUCUUGUCGGUGAUUGCGAAGAACUGUGUUAGUGCCUCUGAGCUCAAUAAAGAUCAUCGCUGGAUUGUCUUUGAUGGACCGGUGGACACACUGUGGAUUGAGUCCUUGAACUCUGUUCUCGACGACUCCAAGUUGUUAUGUCUUGACAGCGGUGAGCGCAUCAAACUGCCUGAGACAAUUCACAUGCUCUUUGAGGUGGCGGAUCUCGCCGUUGCCUCACCCGCUACGGUCUCGCGGUGUGGCAUGGUGUACCUCGAUGCCACAGACCUUCACUGGAGUGCCGUGGUGCAUCGCUGGGCGGAAUCGAAGCUUGCCGACGUGGGUGGUGAGCCGCAGUGUCGUAGCUUCAUUCUUUCCCUCUUCGACGCGUACAUGCAGAAGGGGUUGGAUUGGCUUGCACAGCAGAAGGUGCUCAUUGGCGCCGGUGUGGUGAAUGUGGUUCAGUCCUUGUGCGAUCUUUUCACCGCUCUUAUACACUCCAAUGGGGUGACGCUUAUGCCAGACCCACUGGGAGAGACGACGUUGCCUUUUGACUCCAAAGUCUUCAAGGAGCGUAAUGAGGUGUGCGGAUUACUUUUUGCCUUUUCUUUUGUAUGGUCUGUCGGUGGCAAUGUUGAUGCGGUGACGAUGGACCAGUUUGACACCCUGGCACGAAAUUUAUUAGAGACGGUGGUGCGCUUUCCAAAUAGCAGAUCCGUGUAUGACUACAAGAUUGACUUUUCGACGCGGCUCUUCAUCCCGUGGGAGACGAGUAUGGAUGAAUUCCGCUACGACCUCACGGUGCCCUACUUUGACAUUCUCGUCCCGACCAUUGACACCGUGCGCUACAGCAAUCUGGCGAAGAUGUUGAUUCAUUACGGCAAGCCGUUGCUCUUUAACGGGCAAACGGGGGUGGGUAAGAGCGUCAUCAUGAUGGACUACCUGCGGCGGCACAAGGAAGAGCAGCAGCUGUCGGUUGUUGUCUUCCAGUUCUCUGCCCAGACCUCCUCUGAUCGGACGCAGGAGCUGAUUGAGUCGAAGCUGAAACACAAGCGCAAAAACAUUCUUGGGGCUCCGCCUGGGCGGAAGGUGGUGCUUUUCGUCGACGAUCUGAACAUGCCUGCGCUUGAGAUGUUUGGUGCCUCGCCGCCGAUUGAGUUGCUGCGGCAAAUGAUGGGGAAUGGCGGUUUUUACGACCGCAAGGUUGCGGGAUUAUGGAAACAUGUGCAGGAUGUCACAGUUGCAGCGGCCUGUGGCCCACCAGAAGGGGGACGAAAUCCCGUAACAGCGCGACUUACACGACUCUUCCAUUUACUUCACAUUCCGACACUUAACGACGAUUCAAUGAAGCGUAUUUUCCACUCCAUUUUGCAAGGCUUCUUCCAGGCAAAGAACUUUAGUGGAGAGGUACGGGGCAUGGCAAAGGCGCUUGUAAACGCCAGUGUUGACAUAUUUAAUAAGGUUCGUGACGCCAUGCGACCGAAGCCAACGACACCGCAUUACACGUUUAACCUGCGAGACCUGGCAAAGGUGUUUCAGGGUAUCACACAGGUCACCCCACGUGUCUGUAAAGUGCAGCGCUCCGCUACCCGUCUGUGGAUUCAUGAACUCUUACGCUGCUUCUACGAUCGUCUGGCGACACAGGAGGAUCGUUUGUUCUUCACUGAGGAGCUUGUGAUGGACUCCUUGGCACGUUUUGUUGGGGGCCAGCACUCACAUGCGGAUUACUUUGAAGGAGAUCCGCUUGUGUGGGCGGAUUUCCUCCGCAUUGGGGUCAUUGAUAGGACGUAUGAGGAGUUGACUGAUUUUAAGAAACUUCCUGGGCUUUUUAGUGAGUACCAGGACGACUACAACGCAUACAUGAGCGGGGGAGCUAGUCAUGAGGAGGAUGGCGGUGGUGGCGGUGGAAACUCGUUCCUAAACCUUGUCUUUUUCAAGGACCACUGCGAGCACUUGGUACGUAUUAUUCGUGUCCUGCGCCAGCCACGCGGCAAUGCUCUCUUAGUGGGGGUUGGCGGCUCGGGUAAGCGCUCGUUAACGCGUCUCGCUGCCUCCAUUGCGGAGCGGAAGACGUUUGAAAUCUCCGUUGAUAAGGGGUAUUCCAUGAACGAAUUUCACGAGUUUCUAAUGGAGCUCUACACCACCACCGGUGUUAACUGCAAACCCUCAGUCUUCCUUAUCUCCGACAAUCAAAUUGUGUGUGAGGGGAUGCUAGAGGAUGUGAAUAGUAUGCUCAACUCUGGGGAGGUGCCAUCUCUCUUUACGCCAGAUGAGCAGGACAAACGUGUGAACGCUUGCCUUGAGGCCGCCCGUGAGCGCGGAGUCACCGAUCGUGACGACGUGUAUAACUUCUUUAUUUCACGUGUCCGUGACAACAUGCACGUUGUCCUCUGCAUGAGCCCCGUCGGUGACACGUUCCGUACUCGCUGCCGUCAGUUUCCGUCCCUCACCAACUGCUGCGUCAUUGACUGGUUUGACGAGUGGCCAAGGGAGGCCCUUCUCGGCGUGGCACAGCGACUCUUUGAGGACGUCGAGGGCAGUGCGUCGAACCAACUCCUGCCGGUGCUGGCACCGCUUUGUGUGGAUAUUCACACCACAGUGAUUAGUGUGGCGCAGGAGUAUUGGGAGGAGCUGCGACGGCGUUACUACAUCACCCCGACCUCCUACUUGGAGUUUAUUGAGUUGUACAAGGCUCUUUACAGUGAGCGGCACGAUUUCCUUGAGGAGCAGCUCUCGCGUGUUGUGAACGGCAAACAAAAGAUGCGGGAAACGGAUGAAACCAUUGCCAAAAUGAAGGAGGAAAUUGAGACCAAACGUCCUCUGUUGGAAAAAGCAUCCAAAGAGACGGAGGAGGUCGUAGUUGACCUCUCAGUGCGGCAGGCGAAGGCCAGCGAGGUGCAAGUGCAAGUGAAGGCACAGCAAGAGAGUGCGGCGGAGCAGCAAAAGCAUGCCUCGUGUAUUGCCAACGAGGCAAAUGCUCGCCUGGCAGAGGCUAAGCCCAUCAUUGAUAAGGCCAAGGCGGCGCUUGACACCAUUCAGGCUAGCGACAUUAACGAAUUACGUUCCUUUGCAAACCCUCCCUCCGCCGUUCUCAAGACAACACAGGCGUGUAUGGUGAUGUUUGACCCGAAAGACUUUGGUGGGGCGUGGUCCGGCAAUACCGACUGGAAAGGGGCACGUGAGUUUUUGUCGUACCGUCCACUGCUGGACAUGAUCCGUGGAUACCCCACAGAUAACGUAAAGCCGGCUAUUUUGAAUAAGAUUCAGAAAUACGUCAACGAUGAAGAGUUUACGGUGGAGAUUUGUUCGCAAAAAGGGUCUCAGACAUGCGGCAGCCUUUGUGCCUGGGUGCAUGCAGUGAAUGAGUAUUCCAAGGUAGUGAAGGAGGUGGCACCGAUGCGUGAGGCUGCUGCGGAGGCAGAGCGCCAUCUUGCGGAAACGAAUGCAAAGUUACAUGAAGCUCAAGAGCAGCUCCGUGGUGUGGAGCUGGAGCUUACCGAGUUGCAAAAGAACUAUGAAACGAGCUUUAAAAGGAAACACGACUUGGAGGAGGGCCUAAAGAUUUGCAUCCGACGCCUUGAAAAUGCAGAGAGUUUGUCUAAUUCACUGAAGAGUGAGGGGGUGCGUUGGGAGGCGAAUAUUACGGAACUCCGUGGGCGACUUGAGUUGCUUUCCCCACAGUGCUUCAUGGCAAGCGCGUGUGCGGCCUACUUUGGUGCCUUCACCCCUCGUUUCCGCAAGCAUCUUGUUCGGCUAUGGCUUGAUAAGCUGAGUGGACACGGGCUUGAGAUGAAGGAGUUUAGUCUGUGCAAUACGCUGGGUGACCCCAUGGACAUCCUCACGUGGCAGAUCAAUGGACUGCCCACAGAUGAGAGCUCAACGGAGAACGCCAUCGUGGCCUCCCUCUCUACUGCCCCGCGCCGCUGGCCGCUCUUUAUUGAUCCUCAGGAGCAGGGCGUGAAGUGGCUGGUGCAGCAGUACGCAGGAGUUGGCGGUGGUGCGGGGGGAGCAAAGACUAUCACAAAGACUGCCGCUACCGCCGCCGUGAAGGUCAUCAAACUGACGGAGCCCACCUGGGUUCGCACGCUUGAGGUGCAGAUACGCCUCGGUGGGGUAGUAAUCCUGGACGACGUAGGGGAGACACUUGACCCCGCCCUGGAGCCUCUCCUCUCACGGCGCAUAUUCGCCUCUGAAGGGGGUUCACCUCAAAUCAGACUCACCCCACAGUCUGGCGCUAUUGACUACAAUCCCAACUUCCGCUUCUUUAUAUGCACGAAAUUGCCGAACCCGCAUUAUCUGCCAGACAUCAGCACCAAGGUAACGCUGCUGAACUUCACUGUCACGCUAGAUGGCCUGGAGGAGCAGCUGCUUGGGGAAGUUGUGUCCAUUGAGAAGCGAGAACUGGAGGAGGAGAAAAACCGCAUCAUUCAGAGCAUCUCACUGGGGCAGAAGAAGCUGAGGGUUAUCGAGGAAACCGUCCUGAGCAAGCUCAAGAACACCAAGGGGAAUAUCUUGGACGACAGCGAGCUCAUCGCCGAGUUAAAGUCGGCACAGUCAAAUGCGCAGGUUCUUAGUGAAAAUCAAAAAGAUGCUAAUGAGAAGAUGAAAAUUAUUACCUCAACACGUGACCGCUACCGCGAAGUGGCGGUGCGUGCCUCCGUUAUCUUCUUUGUCCUCGCCGACAUUGCCCGAAUCGACCCCAUGUAUCAGUACUCACUGCAAUUCUUCAUAAAGCUGGUUCAGCAUGAGGUGCAGGCGACUGAGAAGCCGGUGGCAUACUCGGAAAAUAAUCAUGUGAUGCUGCAGGAGCAUCUUGAGAACAUUAUUUCAAGAUUGACCUUGACCACGUAUAAGCAGCUUUGCCGUGGUUUGUUCAACAAGGAUAAAACCAUCCUUUCGCUGCUUAUUUGUACCGCCAUCGAACGUCAUGACCACAGAUUACUGGAGGAGGAGUGGCAAUACUUCAUCCGGGCUUCUGCUUUAGUGCCAAGCGAGUUGCCACCGCUUCCAGGAUGUUUGUCAUUUCUCUCGCGGCAGCAGUGGGAACUCACAGUGGCGCUUUUUCGCAACGUGCACUGCUUCCGUGAUCUGGAGCGCCAUCUAGUGGAGGAUGUGGGAUCGUGGAAGGAGUUUAUUCACUUGGAUGCUCCUCAGGAUGCCGAACUACCUGGGAAUUGGAACGAGAAAUUGAACGCGUUUCAGCGCAUUUUACUGAUUCGCUGCUUCCGUGAGGAGAAGUUAUUCUUCGCACUGACGGACUACGUAAGUUACACGAUGGGGCAGAGCUUCGUGGAACCGCCGCCGUUUAGUCUGGAGGUUGCGCUAUCCGACAGUUCCCCAUCGGUGCCCAUUGUGUUUAUUCUUUCGCAGGGUGCGGACCCAAUGGGGACACUGCAGGCCUUCGCGCAGAGCCAAGAGCGGUCGCUGGAAUACGUGUCGCUCGGUCAGGGACAAGGCGAAAACGCCAAACGUCUUAUCGCGACGUGCCGGAAAAACGGUUCCUGGGCUUUGUUGCAGAACUGUCACUUGUCGAAGACGUUUAUGCCCGAGUUGGAGCUGCAGGUUGCCGCGUUGCAGCAUCCGGGCACUGUUAUCCACGCCGACUUCCGUCUCUGGUUGACGUCGAUGCCCACUGAUUUCUUCCCCGUCUUCGUCUUGCAAAACAGCAUCAAACUGACAACUGAGCCGCCGACGGGUCUUAAGGCGAACAUGGUCCGCUGCUUUGGCGAAAUCACAGAGGAGGAAUUUGAGGUCUUCGGUGACGAUCAGCGGAUGGGCAACUACUCCAAGAGUGUGGCCUUUAAGAAGUUACUGUACGGUUUGUGCUUCUUCCACUCCGUGGUGCUUGAACGAAAGAAGUUUGGUCCAUUGGGGUGGAAUGUGCGCUACGAGUGGAAUGACACCGACUUUCACGUGUCAAAACAGUGGCUGCGUCUCUUUUUUGAGGAGCAGGACGUCAUCCCGUGGGAGUCGCUUGAGUACAUCAUUGGCCAAAUUAACUACGGUGGUCGCGUGACAGAUCCUCAGGAUCGUGACACGUUGCAGACAAUUUUGCGUGCCUACCUUUGCCCUUCCAUCAUGAACGACGACUUCAAGUUUAGCUCCAGUGGAAAUUACUACGCUCCACCGGCUGGAAGUCUCUCUAGUUUCAUGGAACAUAUUCAGCAAAUGUCGCUGGUAGAUGAGCCUGAAGUGUUUGGCAUGCAUAUUAACGCAAAUCUUCGCUAUCAACUGCAGGUCUCACAGUACAUCAUGAGCACCGUUGUUUCCAUCCAACCACGUCUUGGUAGUGGCGGUGGCGGUGGCGGUGGCGGUGGGGCUGAAGGUGGUGGUGCAACGCCUGAGGAAGAAGUAAGGCGAAAAUGUGAGGAGUUUGAGGCCGCACUGCCAGCGGUAAUUCUGCGUGAGGAGGCCGGGCCAAGGACGUUUACCACGUUAGAGAGUGGUUUGCCCAACUCCAUGUCCACGGUACUGGCCCACGAGAUGGUGAAGUACAACAAAUUAAUUGUGGCGAUGCGUAAAUCGAUUCAUGAUCUACAAAAGGCCCUGCAAGGACUGACGGUGCUUUCAGCGGACCUCGAUGCGAUGUAUGAAUCUUUCUUGACUGACCAGGUCCCUCGUCUCUGGAGCGCGGUGGGGUACACUUCCUUGAAGCCGUUAGGCUCGUGGUACCGUGAAUUCCUGCAGCGUGUGCAGUUUAUUCGCACAUGGGUGCAAAAGGGAGAACCGGCCUGCUUCUGGAUUGGUGGCUUCUUCAAUCCGAGCGCCUUUAUGACCGGUGUGUAUCAGGCCUUUUCGCGUGCGGAGGGGGUUUCCGUCGACAAGUUGGGCUUCUGCUUUCAAGUGAUAGAGGGCGAGGUGGAGAAGAUUGAGGCAGGGCCCGAUCGCGGGUGCUACGUGUACGGCAUCUUUACUGACUCCUGGCGCUGGGACCAAACACAUGGCGUCAUGGCGGACUCACUGCCGGGCGAGCCGUACGCGUCUCUGCCGGUGGUACACUUUUUGCCAGAGCCUAAUCACAAGAUGGGCGCUAAGUGGCACCGCGUGCCGUUGUACCGGACGGUGGUGCGGGCAGGCAUCAUCUCCUCCCUAGGGGCCAGCUCCAACUACGUGCUGUCCCUCGAGGUGCCGACAGACAAGGGGUCGGACUACUGGCAGCUGAUGGGCGCGGCCUGCGUCUGCGCCCUCGCCAUAUAG